AUGACCGAACAAAGAAAUGUAAUCGAGCUGGAAAGGUUACUAAAAGAGGCUCUGGAACGCGCCAGAGAAGCAGAGAAAGAACAACAGGAGGAGCGACGACGCGCCGAAGAAGCAGAGAGAGGACGACAGGAGGAGCGACGACGCGCCGAAGAAGCAGAGAGAGGACGACAGGAGGAGCGACGACAUGCCGAACAAGCAGAGAGAGGACGACAGGAGGAGCGGCGACGCGCCGAUAGAGAGCGGCAACGAGCCGAAGCUUCCGAGGAACAGACACGAUUAACAACAUUAGACGAAUACAUCGCUGCUUGUCAUCUCUCAGUAUUCUCUAGACUCGCCAUUGAAACAGACCCGCAGUUAACAUCGAGGGGUCUCAUAACCAAUCCACGUGAUAAAUGGUGUCCGGAAAAUCUGAGGCCAUGGCCCGACUUCCUGGAGCAGCAAAGAAUCAUCUUCGGCACACUCUACAAUACAUUCCCUACCGAGAGCCGUGUUUUCGAGAACCGAAACUUUCUGGCCGGCUUGGGAAAUAGAAUAUCCCAGCGACCAAUUGCGGACGAGAAGACCCUCGAAUAUUUUCUACAUAAUAGCGUGGAGGAUCCGGUCAGGGCCAUCCUAGAGCAGCUGAAAAGGGUGGAAGAGAUCGGUAGCGCCUAUCAAAUUGGAGAUGGUAUCAUCUUUGAGAACCAUCCUCACGCCAUCAGUGAUGUCGCCGAGGAGGUUGUUGCAAGGGCGACUCCAGCGUCACCGCCUCGGACGCCAAAUCACCGACGCGAUCUCAACCAGCUACGACCAGAUCAGAUCUGCGUUUACCGAGCCGACAGCUCCAUGUUAGCACCGCGUACCAUGGUCUAUGUUUGCGAGUACAAGCCCCCUCACAAGCUGACCGCUCCACACUUCCGUGUCGGGCUCCGGGCCAUGAAUAUCUACAAGGAAGUGGUAAACCGGAAGCUGAUACCGACCUCUGCAGACCCUGACGCGCGCUUUCAAUACCACGCAGAGAGGCUGGUGGCAUCUGCCAUUACGCAGACAUAUCACUACAUGAUGGAAAGUGGUCUUGAGUAUGGCCUGCUUACCACGGGCGAGACGAUUGUGUUUCUCAAAGUCGAUUGGGCCGAACCCCAAACUUUGUACUAUCAUUUGGCGGAACCUGGUCCUGAGGUAUUGGCUCAUCCGAACAAUGCGAACAUCUGUUCGGCUGUCGGUCAAUAUUUAGCAUUCACAUUAACGGCUCUCGGCGCGCCUGGGGACCGUCAGCAGCACGGACAAGAGGAGCGCCGGAGAGCUACAAAUGGCCUGAAGAAGUGGGCUGAGGAUUUCGAAACAACACUACGUUCUGUUCCAGAAAAUGAACGAUCGGCAUCCUCAGACAACUCAUCUUGCUAUAUACCUACCACCUAUGGAAAGGUCGAUCAUGACGAAGAAGCAGCGCCACAACCACCGAGUACUCCCACUCCCGCGGGACGAACUGCAGAAGUAGUUCGGCGCAGCCAACGUCUGGCGCGUCGACCUCGUCCAGGAGGAAGUGGCACGCAGGAGCAGCCGUACUGUUCACAGAGAUGCCUCUCGGGGCUGGUUCAAGGGGGGUUCCUGGAUUUGAAUUGCCCAAACGUAGCGCUUCACCGCAAGGGUGACACAGGCGGCCGUGAGCAUCAUCCUGUCGAUCAUGCCGAGUGGAUUCGCCUUCUUUGGAAACAGCUGGAGCAGUCUCUUGACGACGGAAUUACGCCCCUAGGCAACGGUGGUGCGCGGAGCGUACUUUUCCGAGUGACCCUGCUUACAUAUGGUUAUACCUUCGUCAGUAAGGGCACGGUGCAAGCCUUUGUCAAGGACCUCGAGAACGAAGCUGCUGUCUACCAGCGUCUCAGGCCGGUCCAAGGUGUGUACGUGCCCGUGUUCUUGGGCGCCAUUGACCUCCGAUCAAUGAGCAAGAUUUAUUACUAUGACUGCCGAGUGUACGUUGUGCAUAUGACAUUUUUAUCUUGGGGUGGAUUUGGUGUUUCGCAAUCGGUGAAUGGAGGCGACCGGCUGAAAUCCCUCCAAGAUGAGGCCAUUCGAGCACUGCAGGCCAUACACCAGGAGGGGGUGAUUCACCAGGAUGUACGAAUGGCGAACAUGUUGUUCAAUCCUGAGACGAACGGGGUCAUGCUGAUUGACUUUGAGCGGGCUUCAUUGCUCACUCGAGCUCGUCGCCCUUUGGCGCAGUUGGUGCCGAACAAGCGGAAACGAGGGCCAGGCAGGACGAAUCCUGGAAAGGUCGCUCAGACUCCAGAAGGUGGGAGAGACAGAGGUAGGUCAUUUGUGGAGGACAUUUUGACAAUGAGAACUGUAUUCAGUGGAUCCAUCUACCAGCGUCGAAAGGUGUAG